AUGUUGAUGUCCAUACAGUCACAAACAUGCUUUUGUGGUGGCAGCGAGCAAUAUGUAAACUGCAACAGACCCUUUCGAUGCGCCAACAUCCAAACCCUACAUCGGAUAUUGCGGUUCACUGUGCUACCACCGCAGUUGGCGGUGCCAUCACGACAGUUGGCUGAGGCACCACAACCAGGAACUGUUACUCCUUCUGAGCAGUAUCAAACUUUUGUUGUUCUUCCACAAUCCCUUUCUCCAACUCCGUUCAUUAAUUCGCCAGCACCCCAACUCAUUGUGCCAUCAGGAGUCCCAGGCAUUUCUGCAGCUGUGGCGGGGAUUGUAGUAAUCGCUUUUGUAUUAAUUAUCUACAACGUUAAGAGAGGGCAGUACUUCUCAAGUAAUGCAAUGGUACUCUGCUGUGAAAGUGGUGCAAAAAAUUAUCAAGUCAUUGAUGAGGAAAUCAUGAAGAACUGCGGAUCAAUAGCCCCAAAGAGAUAUACAUAUUCAGAUGUGAAGAAAUUGACCAACUCAUUCAAAGAUAAAGUAGGACAAGGAGGUUAUGGUGUUGUAUACAAAGGGAAGCUACCUGAUGGGCGUUUGGUCGCAGUGAAAACCUUGAGUGCGUCUAAAGGUAACGGAGAAGAAUUUAUCAACGAAGUGGCUAGCAUUAGCAGAACAUCGCAUGUUAAUAUGGUCAAUCUUUUAGGUUUCUGCUACGAGAGGACUAAAAGAGCUCUAAUCUAUGAAUUUAUGCCUAAUGGAUCUCUUGAUAAGUUUAUAUAUAAUAAAGGAUCUCCAGUUACAAAUUGUCACUUGGACAGCAAGACUAUGUUCCAAAUUGCAGUUGGCAUUGCUCGAGGACUAGAAUACUUGCACCGUGGUUGUAACACAAGGAUCCUACAUUUUGACAUAAAACCACACAAUAUACUUUUGGAUGAAGAUUUGUGCCCAAAAAUCUCUGAUUUUGGCCUUGCUAAACUAUGCAAAACAAAAGAGAGUAUUAUAUCAAUGAACGGCAUGAGAGGAACUGUAGGUUUCAUUGCACCAGAACUAUUUAGUCGAAACUUUGGUGGAGUCUCUCAUAAGUCUGACGUUUACAGCUUCGGAAUGUUGGUUCUUGAAAUGGUUGGAGGAAGAAAAAAUUUUGAUGAUGGAUUCUCUCAUACCAGCGAGACAUAUUUUCCACACUGGAUUUAUAUGAAGCUUGAACAAUGUAAUAAUUCUGGUACUUUUGGAGACAUAAUAGAAGAGGUAGAAGACGAGACAACAAAAAAGAUGAUUAUAGUUAGUUUGUGGUGCAUUCAGACCAAUCCUUCAGAACGACCAUCAAUUGGUAAGGCGAUAGAAAUGUUAGAAGGAACCCUUCAAUCCUUGCCAUUUCCACCAAAGCCUUUCUUGGAUUCGCCCACUAGGUGA